AUGCGAUUCCUCUGCGUGCUGAUCCUCUCCUGCCUCCUGGCGGUGGCCUAUACCGCCACGACGAGUCCAGCAGACCCAACAACGACUCCAACAGCUACUCCAACAACGACUCCAACAACAACUCCAACAACGAGUCCAACAACAACUCCAACAACGACUCCAACAACGAGUCCGACUACGACCACUCCAUCCACAGACAGCUCUACCACCAAUUCAACCACCACGGCCACCACUGUGGCCCCCACGACCUCCUCCACCACGGAGGCUUCGACUUCCGACAAGAAAGUGAAACACGAAACCCAUUGGAAGGUCGUAAGACGCGAGCCCGCUAAGAUCAUAACGACUCAUCAUAGCAAGGGCCAUGAGGAAAAGAAGGACAAGAAGUCUAAGAAGGACAAUAAGAAUAAGAAGGACGAGAAGAAUAAGAAGAACAACAAGAGGAAGAACAGGCGUACCCGUCGCAGUGGUUAA